UUUAAUUUACUUUUCCUGUUGUCGUUUAUUUCCGGAAGUCCACCUGUCAAGAGUUUUAUCGCAAGUCAAGACAUUUUAAAGUGAGUUUUUUUUAUGUUUCAAGGCAAGUUGUGAAGGACGAGUCUAACAGGAAUAUAUAUAUAACUGGUGGCAAUACUAUAAUUGGUGAUCACAUGACAGCUAAUGUUACUCAAACUGGUACUUCAAGUGAAGUAAAUAAUGCUCCUCUACAUAUUAUUCAUGCUGGCUCUUCCAGUGAAGUAAAUAAUGGAGCUGUUUCAACUGAAGAUAGAAAAAUCAGAGCUUCCAAUUGGCGCAAACCAGAUUAUCAGUAUUUUCAAAGAAGGGAAUUAGAUGAUCAACUUCAGCGAUUGAAAAAAGGAGUUCCAAUAAUUUUGCAUGGAUCAAUUGGAGUGGGAAAAUCAUCUGCUGCUUUAAAUUAUCUUGUUGUCAACACAGACAAAUAUGACAUCAGUUGGUUGAUAGAUCUUAAGACCUUUAACAACGAACGAGUCGCUGAAUCUUUGACAAAGUUAGCGAAGAAGUUUUCAACCAGUUAUAAAGAAAUGCUGACAUCUAUUGAGAUACGAGCAGAAGAAUUGAAUGUAAUUUUUUUGCUUGACAACUUGGUGUUUAAGAAUCUUAAAGAAGAAUGGUUUAAAGAUUUAUGGAAUGUUCGUCAUUCAAUCAACAUCCUCAUCACAACGAACGAUCGUAUCCUCAACCAUCCUCUUUGGAAUAUAUCCGAGAAAAUUGAAGUUGAUCGAUUUGAUGAAGGAAUAGAAUUUCUUAAAGAUAUUAAUGACGACAAAGAAAUGAAAAGAAAGCUCUGUGACUAUUUUGGCUGGAAUAUUCUUGGCUUAACAGCUUCCAAAGACUAUAUUAUUCAAAAUAUGAUAUCCAUUAAUGAUUAUCUAGGCAUGUUAAAACACAAAGUCGCAGCAAAGAAAGUUCGUGACAAAGAGCAAAAUCACGAAACACACCUUUACAUUGCAGUGCAAACCUGUUUAGAAAAGGUUGAAGAUAAGUUCUUUCCUGUCAUUGCAGCUGUGGCUUUUCUUAGUAAUAAUGGCAUACCAGAAUUCCUUUUAAGCAGUCAAUUACCUUCAAGUGACCCCACAUCAAUAUACUAGAAAUGAGUGAGCUUUGUAAUGGUGUUAAGUCGCUGAUUAAAAUAACAAGAGAAGGUGAUAUCCGCCUUUUUUCAUUCCAUUCUUUUACCCAACAUGUGAUAAAAAACAUGGUUGAUGAAAAAGAAACCCUUAAGUCAGAAGUACUUUAUAAGUUAUCAGGAGUUUUUAUGAAGUACAUCAACAAAGAUAAUCGUUUCUCAAAAGAUAAUUUUCGGUUGCAUAUCGUUCGUGAGCAUGCAGAGAUAUUCCUGAAUAAAUGGAAGAAUGAAAAGAAAGAUGAUAGAACCAAGAUCACAUUAGCUAGACUAGCAGAGCUCAUUGGAUUUACGUAUACCCAAGAGAAACCUUGUGUGCUACAAAAACUGGACACUUUCUUCGAAGCGUCGAGAGAUCUUCUUCACGAGUUGUGUGGGGUGACUGAGGAUGACUUGCAGCCUGUUGAAUCGUUAAAAAGAAAUUUCCUGGAGGAGUCUGAUGACAAGAAAAAAAUGUACGACAUAACUCACUCUACAUCUUGCGUAGCAGAACAAUUAAUGAAAAAAAUGAAAAAAAAGAGUUCCCAAAUGCCAAGUAUUGUUUACGAUCUUGUAUAUUGUCGAUCUCUGAACAAACAAGAUCUUGACGCGUUCCCGGAUGAACUCAAAAAUGAUGAAAACUUGAAGGAAAUUAUCGAACUUUCACAACCACUAUCACCAGACAUCGUGGAUAAAUUGGUAAAACAUAAAGCAGCUAUUCAUAUUGAAAGGUAUAGUCAUCUGUUCCUCGCUGAGCUUUAUGUCUCAUUAAUAUAUAGCUAUGGUAGAAACUAUUUUUAUCACGAUAGAAGAAAACUCACGAAUCCAAAAUUUUACAUCAAUCUUAUGAAACUGGCGUACUGUCUGGCAAAUGAAAUCAACAAAGAACUGGGACCUGGGAUUGAUGUCUUUCAUGGAUAUCUUGUUCAAACAAAUGCUCUUCUUUAUCUCCUUGUCAAUGAUGACUGUGUCGAGAACGACAAGUUAGUGGCAAAAACUGCAGAAGUUCAAAAGAAAGAUUUGGAAACUGCCAUCGAAUGUUACAAGCAACUGAUUAAUAAUAAACAACUGUUCUUUGAAAUGGGAAUCUUAAAGAAGAGAAACGGAGAUAUGUACAGCAAGUUGAUUUGCUACAAUCAAAUCUUGAAAUGCUGUAAAAAUUUACUUGCAAUGCCAUCAAAUGCUGUUGAUUAUGUGAAAUUAAUCUCUGAAGAUGGGAUCCGUACUUGCGUUGAAAUAACAAAAGUGUUGCAGUUGUAUGAAAGUCAAGAUAACCAAAAAAGUAGUCUUGUUGGAUUGUCCAGGUAUAUGAACGAUGUAGCUCAUUUCUACAUGCAAGUAGGAGACAAGCAAGCGAUAAAGAUGUUUGCCAUUUCAGCAGAAAACGCAAGGGAAGAUAGUCAGCAUUUGUAUCAACUUGAAGCUCUGGUUGGUUUAGCAGAUUUUUACAGUAGAAUUGGACGUAAAAGGUUUACGGCUUUGAUGAUUUCUUUCCGUCAUCUUAAACAAUGCAAAAGUAAUGAAAACCUUCGAAAAAUGCUGCAACAAAAACCUGAAGUCAUCGAACGUAUUCGUAAAAUCCAUGCAGUAAACAUUGUGCGAGCAAUCGCCCAUUUACGACUGAAGAAACAAGCGCGGAUGCCCCGGAUCCUUGAUGAACAACAAAGGAUACCUGAGACCAAGGAGUAUACACCUGACACUAGUGAGUCUACACCUGACACCAGUGAGUUUACACCUGACACCAGUGAGUCUACACCUGACACCAGUGAGUGUUUACCUGACACAAGUGAGUAUACACCUGAGACCAGCAAGACAUAUGGUGCGUCAUCGACUGUCGAUGGCCCUUCAACAACCAGUGAGGAUAAAGAAUCUCAAGCUGUUUGUCUUUGUUGAUCGCCCAAGUCAUGUCUCUCCUGAAUAUUGGAAAUCCUCUAAGAAACCUCAAUGUAAGAAAUAAGAAAAAAAUGCAUAUUUUGAAAAUAAUAAUUGAAGGAAACUGAAGAGAAACUAUCAAUUUAAAGAAAAACAACCAAGCAAGUUAUCCAACUUUUCACAGUUUUACAUCCUUUUCAUCUGUCACAUAUUGAAUCAAUA